UAAACCGAGAAGAGUAAGGCAGUCUGCCACUAGCAGUAAUGUAGCUUCCAGAAAUGUAACAGCUCAAGACUGGCUUCUUAGUACAGGACAACCACGGCAAAACGGUCCGUGUGCUCCUCCUCUACAAACUCACACAUGGUCUCAAGGUGCAUCAUUGCAAACAAGCCCUGUUUUUCAAGGWGCACAAUUACUACCCAGGUCGAUUGUAAGCCAAGMAACUCCAGUUCCCCRAGGUGUCCAAAUGCAACAWGGAUKGCCAAAUGUAAACAAUUUCCAUCCUGCUACAAGCGUUCAUAAUCCUUAUGGCAAUAAUUCUACAGUCAGUGCCCCUUUGGUAUCAGACAAGAAACCAUGGCACAACAACAACAACUUCGUAGUUCUUCCGUUGUCUGGGCGAGUCAGAAAAUGCACAGGGUGCCCUUUUCAAUUUAGAGACCCCAUGGGCCCUCCUUUUACAGGUUUAGUGAUUCUUCACAAAGAAAAAGACACAUACUACGACAAAGAUGGAAACUUCCAUAUCUCAAGUGAAAGUAAUCACUACUAUCACUGCGAACACGCUUGCAUCGUGAGAAGACACCCAUAUUUCCACCCACGACUACUGCUCAUUGGGCCAGGAGCAAUGUUGUUUGAUCGCCUUGGACUUACUGGAUGA